UUUUUUUACUGGAACUGACACCCUACUACCAUCGCCCUACCCUAUUCUUAUUGUUAUUGUAAUUGUAUGUAUGUGCGAGUUAGUGAGUGUGUGACUGUGAGUGUGAGCACAUGUGUUAGUGUGUGUGUGUGUUGGGGCGCAGCGGAGCUUGCUAGGUCCGCCUGGGCGUGAGGGGUGUUGGAGCAGGGGGGACUGACUAGGGUGGUGGGGGCAAGGGAGGGAGGAUGGAUGCAGCGAUGGUGAUGGUGGAGGAGGGUUAUUGACGACUACCGGUACCUGUUUGUUAGUUAGUUACCUGGUUUCUGCUCCGCUACAGACCCAAGGGUUUCGGUGCUUUGCACUGGCGAGCGGACGGCCGGGCGAUGUAGGAGGGAUUGCGACAUCCUUGGAAUUGAGAUCCUUCUCAGGGAGACCGGGCCGUGUUCUGUCUGUCUGUUUGUUUGAUUAUUUUUGUUAUUUUGUAUUUUUAUUUUUCCCCAGUUUCCGAUGUCGUUUCUGUGACCGUGGAGCUCAUGGCGCCUCCAUGAGCCCUCCGAAUUGUGGCACAGCUGAAAGCAUCGUCAAUAGAUGGACCUGGAAAGGGGAAAUCAAACCAAAAACCAACAAAGGAAGACAAAUUGUGUCUAGUCUAGAGUCGUGAUUAAUUUAGUUUUCAAGGAGAAACGUGUUGCCGGGUCGUAGUGUGAAGCUCCUCCUGGGUUUCUGUGUAUGAUCGGGAACGCCAUUGUGACUCGGACGUGUUUCGUGGCGGUGUGGGUUGCUUUGUAGGUCAGUGCGCGAUGAUUGGUGAAAGAAGUAGUAUUAUCGGGAUUGUCUUUUGAUUGUGGAGUUUUCAAUGCUGAUCAUUCUGGGCGCGGAGAUUGGGGAUUUUUUUGGGAUUAGGUAGCGGUGAUGUGCAGCAGCAGUAAAGAAUGUGGCGUGAUUUUGAGGGAGGGAAUGUGGAAGCCGUCUCUGCGGUUUAGGAUAUUUUCAUGUGUAGUUGGAGGGAGAUUUAGGUCAGGGCAGUUUUGAUGUUGCAGUAAAGGGGGUGGUAUAUGAGUACUGUUGGGAAUGUGUGCCAGGGGGAUAUGGGGGAGGUGAUGGAAGAACGGAUUUGAUUCUUCGAUCUCUAGUGCCGCCAGUUGGUUUUGUCGGCACGAAUUUGACAGGAACGUUCUCUUCGCCGAUUGUUGUGAAUUAGGGCGCGGGCUCAGUGCUCGUAGUUUAGGUGCCGUUUGGGAUCUUAGGAAUUUUUUGGGGGGUUGUUAGUUUCUAGGAAAGCAUUCUGAGACCGACAAGAUGCAGCGAAAUUUUUCAGUCGAUGAUAUCUUGGGCACAUUCUGGAAGUUGGAUACCCAUGGGGACCCUAAAGGUACUGUUGUACCAAUCCCCGAAGAGGUGGAAGAUGAUGAAGAAAAUCAUAUUCCGGUGGUGGAGUCCCUCAGAACGAUCGAGGUGGACAGGGGCAUGAAUCGGAGCGCAUCUGAGUAUGCAUUUCAGGAGUUUCUAAAAGUGAGUGAAGCUGGCGGAGGGUUUUUGCGGCCAAAAAGUCGGUUCAACGAUGAGGACAUCAGGCACAAUAAUGAUGAUGAGGAUGAUACCGACCCUCCUAGUCCUGCGAGCCCUGGAUCUCCCGAAACCUCCGAAAAUAGAACCGAGUUAUCUAAGCAAGGAUCGGACGAUUUCAACGAGGCUGACAAAGUGCUGUGCAUGCCACCCACUGCACCACCGAAACAAGAGAUCCGCACGAAGGGCGGGAUUGUUGAUCAAGUGGAGGAUGCCUUGAAUCCUUUGUUUUCAGGUAUUCGACACGAGGUUGAGAGUGCUGCCACCGUGUCAAACAGUCCUCAAGAAUACGAGUACUUUCUGAAGCAUAAACUCGAUAUGGCUUGUGCUGCUGUUGCCCUUAGUCGGUCUACUGUCGGUGGGGCUAAAGCUGGGCCACUAACUCUGCAGUCGAGCAUUACUCCAGGAGCAAAUGAUAUUAUUAGUGGAGAUCCAAUUGGUAUUCCUGCGCUGCCUCCGAAGCCUGAAUAUGGUGCUGUAGUUCCUCCAGCCAGAAGUCGAGCUAUUACGAGUGGCUCAGAUGUUUCUGAAGAUGAUGAAUCGGAGCAGGGUCAAAAUGCGCCACCUGGUGACAUUAAGCGUGUGAAGAGGAUGCUCUCCAACAGAGAGUCAGCACGACGAUCACGGAGGAGGAAGCAAGCACAUUUGACUGAACUUGAGACUCAGGCUGCUCAAUUGCGUGCUGAGAAUAGCUCAAUCUUAAAGAGGGUAGCUGAAAUCUCACUCAAGUUUCAAGAAGCAGCCUUAGAAAAUCGUGUCCUCAAGGCAGAUGUUGCAUCCUUGCAAGCAAAGCUGAAGAUAGCAGAAAGCAUGGUAGCUGGGACAACUGAUGGACGAAUUGGGUCCAUGGAUUUGCCACAGUCUACCCCAAGAUAUAUGACCUACACAACAGGGGGUAAUGGUUCGCAGUAUUUGCAACAAGCUCCUGUCGUGCAGCAAGAACAGCAGCAAGGAUUCGCUGGAACCAAAAUGGGGCGAACACCAUCAAUGCAGCGGGUUGCAAGUCUCGAACAUUUACAGAAGCGAAUUCGUGGAGGCCCAACGUGUAACAACCCCAUGUGGGGUGGGUCCUUUGAGGACGGGCACUCCAUGUUGGAGCAACAUGAGGACUGAAAGCUUGACUUGCCUACUAAGGGUAUCUGGUCUUUUCCUUUACUUUGCCACCUGUAACGAGACCCCAGUGAGAUAAGGGGGGAGGAGACUGGAAGGACAUGUGAUUAACUGGAGAUCGAGAGUCUCUCUCAGUAUUCGAAGGAGCAGACGUAUCACGUAAGAACCAUGGAUCGUGAUUGGCAAAUUGAAAGCAGGCAAUGCGUACCUGGAUCGGUGCUGUUAUAUUAGCUCUUAGUUUGUUCCGCUUUAACUGUCUGAACACAGGGUAGAAUAAGGUGAUCUUCGGAUUUCACGGCCAAGCAGCAAUGAUAGCAACCGAGAAGGUUGAACUCUAUGGUUCCCUUGCAACUUCAGUGAUCGCUCUGAACAUCUGGCAAGGUGAACAAAACUGGUUGAGUUCAGCAUUUUGCAAACACUAUUUAGGAUUAUACGAGUGCAGUUUGGAGAAUUUGCGUUGUACAGAAUUAUAUACUGGGACCUUGUAGACUUAGGAUAACUAGAUGAUUUUUCAUGGACCCAAGCACGCAAGUGAUCUCUCAAUUACUUGAUUACCACAUUGUUUGACUUACUCUUGGAAGGGGUGUCAAUAUGGGAUUUAGGGCAUCAGUGAACUACUCA